CCUCGACGAAGCAACGAUGCUCGAUUGGGAAGAAUUGCUGCGGCGGGUUCGGAAUUGCAAGAGGACUCAAUUGUAUGGUCUCCUGUAUGCGGGACUUAACAUGCAUGAGGAUUUGCAUCCGGUUUCCAUGAAUUGUGGUGGUGUGAUGUUUCCGAGGAGAUACUCUGUUGUCUGCGCAAGCUGAACUGAUGAGUGUGCAGAGCGAAGCAACGAUUGGAGUGUUUUGCCCUCCUUCUUUUAUUCGUAUUGUUUUUGGAGCAGCAUCAUGUCUACGCCUUCCAAUUUCUACAAGAACUCGGCGUACAAAUAUGCUCGAGAUUUCGACCUUUCAUCUGUCCUGGACAAUUUGCGUGCUUAUAGAGUCGCAACGGGCAGCGAUCCAGGACCUUUGGAUACAAACCCUGGACAAGAAUUGCAGCAUGGGAAAACAGAGGGGAGGCGAGACAAGGAAAAACACCACCCUUAUUCAAGAGUUAAAUCUAAGAAGACGGAAGAGAAGAGGUCAAGCAUUAUUCAAGCUAGUGAUGUGGCGAAAUUUAAUCUCGAAAGUUUAGGUUACAAUCCUUUUGCUGACGCAGGACCACGCGGAAACGCCUCCUCUGUUCUAGGAUUUGAUGCGUAUGAAAGGAGCUCUGAUUCCAAGAGAGGGUCUCAAGCUGGCCGGGUUAAUGCUCCUGACAGAAAUGCACUGUCUUCUCUACUUGGAUUUAAUUCCAUAGGAGACAAUUCAUCUGACGAUGAGGACACUGAUACAGAUGUAGGUGUAAGCUCAACUGUAAAUGGAAGCAGCACAGUAUUAGAGCAACAGAAUUGCAGUGACCAAAUUAUUGCAAAACGAGUAGACCAGAAGUUCGCAGCACCUGGUGAACCUGAAUGCGUGGUUUGUGGACGGUUUGGAGCUUACAUCUGUGAUGAGACAGAAGACGAUGUGUGUAGCCUUGAGUGCAAGCAGGAGGUGUUGCAACUGCGAACUGCCAAUCGUGUCAAGUUGACAUCUGAGUCAGAUGUCUCAUUUAGGGCGCCUUCAACUCCUCAAGGUGCAUUACAACUACCUGAGGAAGAACCUGACAAGUGGGAUUACAAGAAAAAUCGUUAUAAUUAUCGACAUACUAGCCUGUCUACCUUCCGCUGUUGGAAGUGCAAGAGGCCUGGUCACCUUCCUGAAGACUGUGUUGUUAGUAUGGGCAUUCCUGCUCAGUCAUCUUCUGAUUCCAGACAAUAUAACGUUCCGCCAACAUUUAGUGCUGGACCAAUGCUGCAGGACCUUUACCGAAGGUGCAAAGAAAUCGAAGGCCAAGCCAAAGCAUCAAAGUGUGACAAGUGCGGCAUUAACUUCAACCUAGCCUACUGUCUUGACUGUGGCAAGACAUUUUGUGACAGUCAGGGCCACUUGAGUUCUCAUAUGCAGGAAAAUCCAUCUCACCGCCGAAUGUAUUCACGCAAGCUUCAUCGUUUGGUUAAAUGCUGUAAGGGUCCAUGUCCAGUGGUUGACAUGCGAGAAUUACUUGCGUGCAACUCAUGUCUGUCCGAGGCAUUUGACAAGUACUACAGCAUGUAUAAUGCCACUUGGAAAGGAGCUGGCUUGAAGCUGAUCGUGAAUGCUAUUUGUUGUGAUGCUCAUUUUAACUGGCAUCGGAUGAAUUGUGGAAAUGUAGAUGUAGAAGAUAGUGCGUCUCUUCUUAGAAAAGACGGAUCCGAUUUGCACGGAAGCCAGUUUAAUGAAUUUCUCUUCUGAGAUGGAGGAAGAUUCAGCCAUUUUAACAUUUCGGUAUCUCGAUCUAGGAUGACCCAUAGGUCUAAAGUAGACUCAAGCACAUGACAGUAUGCCAGAGAAGAGCGUCCUCUAGAUGCUGUGGACAGGCCUGUUCUCUAUGUGGGUGGAUAUCCUCUCCAGCUAACGUGUCAAUCGACAAGUAAAUCCAUUAAGUGCUACUUUAAGCUCCUCUGAGAUAGAACAGUAGUUGUAACCAUCUUUGUUUAAGUUGGCCUUAAAUUUCCAUCCAAUCCUUAGAGGAUUGCUUUGUCUGCUUUUUUCCUUGGACUGUUAUAUCAGCUACCAACUCUAUAAAUGUGGCACUAUCGUUAGACUGUUUCAAUUGAGGUCUUAGAACGCUUCUACUACAUUGGACUUUAGAAUCAGUUGUGACUUGACUCCUGAGUGAAAGUGGUCCCAAAUGACUCACAGGAUGUGAUACUUUCCAGACUAGAGUUUUUAGACGAGUAAGAGGAGUUUCCAGACGUUUCCAACAUUCUUGAAAUGAUGAAUACAAACCAGAGAAACCGAGCAUUGAUUUCUUUCCA